AUGGGCAAUACAUCACCCACUCCGCGUGCGCUUUUUGUCGAGGCGAUAAUAUUUUGGAGCAUAGGUAUCAUCAUCUAUGGUGGUCGAAUAGUAUCGCGAAUACUUGCAAAUGGAGGAAUCAAGCGUUUAUUAUGGGACGAUUAUAUCAUGACCGCAACUUUUUGCAUAUACACAAGCAUGCUGGUAUUGAUUCAAAUAUCGGCUCGCUAUGCGACGAACCUUAUGGACCCAAAAGAUUAUGACAAAGUGCUAGCCGACCCGAAACAAGUUAGCGACAGGAUUUACGGCAGCAAGAUCGUCAUCGGGCUCGAGCAAUGCAUGCUCUUUUCAACCUGGGGCGUCAAAACAUGCAUGCUAAUGCUCUACUGGCGGAUAACAAUGAACUUACGCUCCAAUCUCUACAUCAAAAUAUUGGCAGGUUACGUCGUGCUAGGAUUCGUCGUGAUCAUGAUCACAUACUACGCAGUCUAUUGUCGGCCCUUUUCGCAGUACUGGGCCAUGCCAGUGGAUAACAUGCAAUGCGCAACCUACCAGCGCUAUUCAAUUACGCAAGCCGUCUUCAACAUAUCUUCCGACGCGGUGAUGUUCGCGAUUCCGAUCCCGCUCCUGAUCAGAGCACAAUUGAAACGAACUCGGAAGAUCAUCCUUCUUUGCGUCAUGAGUCUGGGCCUUUUCACGAUCGUCGCCGCCAUCCUAAAUAAAUACUUCAAUUUCGCCUCCCCCCUCACAACUACAUACCAGAUCUGGUACAUACGCGAAGCAAGCACCGCAAUCUACGUCGCCAACCUGAUGUGCUGGUGGCCAUUGCUGCGCAAACUAUUCGGCCUCAAGGCUUUCUCCUACAACAGUAAUCGCGGGAGACGAGGAUGGGGCCGGAACAACCAGAAUAAGGACAGUAGCGGAUACUCCAACGGCUCAGAAUCACGCACCUCAUUCUCACUGCCUUGCAAAAUGAACUUCAUCCGACCCAGCUUUCGCAAGAGCGGGAAGUCUCCUCCGACGCCGAAACGUGGAGAUAUGCAUCGCUCGAGUCAGGAGGCGAUUACACAGGCAUCGGGUGAUUAUACGGAGGACUUGAGUCAAACUGAUACUUAUAACCUUGAUGAGUGGGGUAGGAAAGGGAGUCGUGGGGAUAUUGAGGACCCCAGACCCACCAGCCCAGAGUCCCUUCCGGUACUUGGUCGCGAAAACCUGACCGAUCCUAAGCAUGACCAUUUGAGAAUGGAUGCUUAG